AUGAAGGAGAGGAUACUAACACUCCUUGCUUCAGACGAGGGCCACAUGAGCCGUGACUGCCCCGAGGGCCCCAAGGACACCAAGUCCUGCUACCGCUGCGGCCAGGCCGGCCACAUCAGCCGUGACUGCCCCCAGGGCGGCAACGUUGGUGGUGGUGGCGGUGCCUCCAGCUCCGAGUGCUACAAGUGCGGUGAGGUCGGCCACAUUGCCCGCAACUGCCCCAAGUCCGGCGGCGGCUACGGCGGCGGCUUCGGCGGUUACAACUCUGGCGGCUACGGCGGUGCCAGCCAGAAGACCUGCUACUCUUGCGGUGGCUACGGCCACAUGUCUCGCGACUGCACCAACGGCUCCAAGUGCUACAACUGCGGCGAGAACGGUCACUUCUCCCGUGACUGCCCUAAGGAGUCAUCCGGCGGCGAGAAGAUCUGCUACAAGUGCCAGCAGCCCGGCCACGUCCAGUCCCAGUGCCCCAACAACUAA